CAAAGAUUAUGGAGGGCACUGUACAUUGCGUGCUGUAUCAUUCCAUAACCAUGACUAUGACCAUGGCCAUGGGUUAUGGGGAGAAGGCAGGUGAAUGGUUAGGAGGGAGAGAUAGAUCAACCAUGAUUGAAUGGCGGAGUAGACUUGAUUCUGCUCCUAUCACUUAUGACCUUAUGACUAACACUUGUCUGUAAUUAUUUUGGGUGGCUGAAUAGCUGUUGACGAGGAAGCAGUUAAAAAUUCUGUAGGUGUACAGCUGAUGACGGUUUCUGUUUAGGUCAGCUGACUGAGUUUCGAUUUCCCAUUGUACAAUUCUAUUUUUGCUUUAGUUGUUUCACUUUCAUCUAAUUGGAUCCACUGACAGUACUUUAUUGCCUUCAAUAGGUUGUUGCUGAGGCACACUAUGUUUAUUUUCCAACUGAGUUAAUUUAAAACGUUUUAGUAACCACAGAGACUUAAGUUAGGGGGGGGGAAAUGUCCCAUUUUUCAUUUACCCAAAGAAGUGGAUGUUCUGAAAUCCUAGAAUUAUUAGAUUUCAGCAAUUUGAUGGCUCUGAAGGAUACCGUAGCCAGUAAGAUAAAUGCUUGGACUUACCAUGAAGCCAUCAGAGUCAUUCUGACCCACAGCCAAAGUGCUGAAGAGCUCCUAAAACGCAAGAAAGUUCUGCGAGAGUCAAUAUUGAAGUACUUAAUAAAACAUGAUGAGACUGUAUCUACUUCAUCAAGCAAACCACAGCUUAUUGGUGAUGUUUUGCAUUAUUGGUGGAAGCUGGACUGGAAUAGAAAGCAUUUAACAGCUGAAAAAGAACUCCAAGUUUCAGAUCGAAAACGGACGGUAGUACAGAAUUUAGUGACAAAUGCUGCAGAAGAAAAGCGAACACCCCUGCCGCCAAUAAUCACAGAGACAAGAGAGUUUGGGAAGAUCAGACAGACAGAGGAACAGGAGAGGAAAAAACAGGCAAAGAAAAGUGAAGAACAAAGUGGAGGACAAACAGAUGUGCCAAUUUUGAAACAACCACACGACCAAAUGAAAAUUAAGAUGAACAUUCAUGUGAACAUUCUACCGAGUCAGCAACCGCCCCAAGUUGUGACAGUGGGAGGCUCCGAAAGCGGUGACAUGGGCAAGGAGUUCUGCCAAUGGUUCUUUCAUCUCCUGAAUUCUCAGAACCCUUCCUUUGGACAGCAGGCGGAAGCGUGGGGCCCACAGCACUUCUGGGACGAUGCAAUGCUGCAUUUCACCCACUGCGUCCGGGAUAUCCAAACGGAACAACAUCAGAGUUCAGCGAUAGUCAGCCGGCGCCUGUUGUCCCUGGUGAAAGAUGAACAGCUGCUCUUCAAUCCAAACAUCAGCCACAGCGGCAUGAGAAGUGCAACCUCUCCAUACGGAGUCGUUGCCAUAGCAGUGGCCGGCACUGUUCACAAGGAAGGGCAGUGCCUGGGUAUUUUUGAGCAGGUCUUUGGGCUCAUCCGCUCAGCGGUUUGUGGGAACAACUGGAAAAUCAGGUUUGUUAAACUACAGGUGAAAGCUUUUAAUGGUCAGCAGCAAAUCGUCCAACCCAGUGUGUCUGUUCAGAUGCCUGAGCUGCAAGCCUAUCUCAAUGAAUUCAGUUCAUUUCUUAAGUAAAUUUAUUUUAGUUUAGUUUAGUUUAGAGAUACAGCAUUGAAACAGGCCCUUUGGCCCACCAAGUCCACACCAACCAACGAUCCCCGCAC